ACACACACACAUACACACCCUCCUCCCCCACCGCUGCAGUGUCUCUUAACUGCCUUGGAGCUAGCGGCAGAGGAAACGACACACAGACAAUAACACAAGGAAGGGAGCCAGAGAAAUACAGAAGGCAGAGAAGAAGGGAAGAAUAUCGGAGGGAGAAAGUGAGACCAAGACCGAGAGAGAGAGAGAAGAGGAGAGAGGGGAGAAAUAGAGGGAUAGAGAGAAGGCGAGAGAGAGAGGCGGCGUGCUCUGAGGAGGAGAGAUAGGGGGAAAAAAUAGGAGGAUGUUGGAGGAUUGGGACUAAGGACGGCACACUCCCUCUCCCUGCCUCACUAGGAGUGUUUGUCUGCAGUGCCAGUACUGAAUGGAAGGCAUACAGUGAAACGGAAUUGGUGCCAGACUCAACCCAGGCUCUAAUGAGAGACAGAACAGAAGCCACUGAAAGCACACACACACCACAGCGCGGCUCCGCUACAGCGACGAGAACACACCAGCAGCACCUCUAAUCAGAGAACGCAUCGGUUUCCGACUGAGCUCGAGAUAGCCAGCCGCAGGACUGCAAGAGAAGGACAGAAGACAGAGGAGGCAAGACAGAGUGACAAAGAAGAAAGAAGGAAGGAAAGAGAGAGAGAGAAAGAGAGAGAGAGAGAGAGAGAGAGAGACGAGAGAGGGAAGGAGGUGGAUGUAUGCAGCGUGCCGAGGACAGCGAGGCAGUGGGGAGGCCAUGAGGUCUGGGAGUCUUCGGGAGGCUUCGCCAUCUCCGAGUGCCGUUCCCCAGCACCGCCGGCAGCACUGACCGACCGCGUACGCGUGGUGGUGCAACCUCCCCCUCCAUCCUCCCACCCUCCACCACACACACCUCUCCCGCCCCCCGCGCCUUUGCCUCACCUCGUCCUGGGGAGAGAGCCUGCUAUGAUCCCCUCCUCCCAAGGGCCCGGUUGUCCAGCCUGAACGUCAGGGCCUUCUGGGUUCCAACGGUCAUGCCCUGGUAGAUUGCCGGAAAAAAAGGUCUGAAAUAGGUGCCCUCUUGCUGCAACAAAGGACCGUCAGAGCUCCGUACGUGAAGGAUGCUGAAGACUUGAUUCUACUUGAUUCAGUGGACCCUUCUUUUUGCUGCAUAAGUCUCUCUAGUCUGACUACAGAUUAGAGGAUCAAAUAAAACAUUGAAUAUCAGAAUAUCACUGAUUACUUCCGUCCCCAUUGACUCAACUCUCUCAGCCCCCCCCUCCGCUUUCCCCCCCCCCCACCCUUAUUUUUUUGGUGAAUCCAGCCAACUUUCUUCGACACCGUCCACAACCGACAGGAAACAUUCUCUCUCAAUCGUUCAACACCCUGCGGAGGAUCAUGGGAUGUAGGCAGAGCUCGGAGGAGAAGGAGGCGGCGCGGCGGUCCCGCCGCAUCGACCGCCACCUGCGCUCGGAGAGCCAGCGGCAGCGGCGCGAGAUCAAGCUCCUCCUCCUGGGCACCAGCAACUCGGGCAAGAGCACCAUCGUCAAGCAGAUGAAGAUCAUCCACAGCGGCGGCUUCAACCUGGACGCGUGCAAGGAGUACAAGCCGCUCAUCCUCUACAACGCCAUCGACUCGCUCACGCGCAUCAUCCGCGCGCUCGCCACCCUCAAGAUCGACUUCCACAACCCGGACCGGGCGUACGACGCCGUGCAGCUCUUCGCGCUGACCGGCCCCGCCGAGAGCAAAGGGGAGAUCACGUCCGAGCUGCAGGGGGUCAUGAAGCGCCUGUGGGCCGACUCGGGCGUGCAGGAGUGCUUCCAGCGCUCCAACGAGUACCACCUGGAGGACAACACGGCCUACUACCUGAACGACCUGGACCGCAUCUCGGCCGCCGAGUACAUCCCCACGGUGGAGGACAUCCUGCGCUCGCGCGACAUGACCACCGGCAUCGUGGAGAACAAGUUCACCUUCAAGGAGCUCACCUUCAAGAUGGUGGACGUGGGCGGCCAGCGCUCGGAGCGGAAGAAGUGGAUCCACUGCUUCGAGGGCGUCACCGCCAUCAUCUUCUGCGUGGAGCUCAGCGGCUACGAUCUCAAGCUGUACGAGGACAACCAGACGAGUCGCAUGGCGGAGAGCUUGCGCCUCUUCGACUCGAUCUGCAACAACAACUGGUUCACCAACACCUCGCUCAUCCUCUUCCUCAACAAGAAGGACCUGCUGGCCGAGAAGAUCAAGCGCAUCCCGCUGACCGUCUGCUUCGCCGACUACAAGGGCCAGAACACCUACGAGGAGGCGGCCGUGUACGUGCAGCGCCAGUUCGAGGACCUCAACCGCAACAAGGAGACCAAGGAGAUCUACUCGCACUUCACCUGCGCCACCGACACCAGCAACAUCCAGUUUGUGUUCGACGCCGUCACGGACGUCAUCAUCCAGAACAAUCUCAAGUAUAUCGGCCUCUGCUAGGACUU